GACGUAUUAUACAUAAUGUAAUUCUACUACAUUGUAACACCAACAAAAUAGCACAUAGACCACAAGCGAAACAUCAAUAUCGAUAAAAUGACAGACCGUAAAAGUUCAAAUGCCAAUGAAGAGGUCGAUUAUGACGAUCUGCUAUCGUCUGCCGGUAAAUUUGGCAAAUACCAGUGGUAUUUAUUCUUUAUAAGCGGUCCAUUUUAUCUGGCUGAUGUAUCGGUUUAUUUCGGUCAGCUAUUCAUCACUGAAGCGUCACCGAACCAUUGGUGUUGGAUACCAGAGUUGGAGAACUUAACGGCCAUUGAAAGACGAACAUUGGCUGUACCAUCAGAUGAAAACAGUCGCUUUGGAUAUUCGCAAUGUUCCGCCUAUAUAGCUAAUUGGACAGAGGUCUUGUUAACUGGACAACAUCCGAACGAAACAUGGGGUGUUCAACCGUGCCAAUACGGCUGGGAGUACAACAAAACAGAAAUCCCAUACCCGACUAUCACCAGUGAUCUUGGUUGGUUCUGCGAUAAGAACAGCUAUCAAGCGACCGCGCAGUCUGUUUUCUUCCUUGGAUCCAUCGUAGGAGGGUUAAUUAUUGGCUGGAUUUCUGAUAGAUUUGGUCGAAUACCUGCCGUCACAGUGAGUAACAUGAUCGGAUGCUUCGCCAACAUUGUCUCGAUUUAUGCUUCGGAUAUUGUUGUAUUUUCUGUUUGCCGAUUCAUUAUGGGCAUGAGUUAUGACACUUGUAUAAUGAUGGCGUAUCUUAUAGUAUUAGAAUACGUGUCUCCGAAGUAUAGGUCGAUAAUAACAAAUCUACCGUUCGCAAUUUUCUUAACAUUGGGCGCAACUGUGAUACCAUGGCUUGCAUUGGCUUGCAACAACUGGAAGAUAUUCUGUUUAGUGACGAGUAUCCCGAUGGCAUUCUGUACGUUUGCUCCAUUCAUAUUACCAGAGAGUCCACGAUGGUUAUUAUCUAAAAAUCGUGUGGACGACGCUAUUGGAAAAGUAAAGAAAAUAGCAAAAACAAACGGUAAAACUAUUCCGCCUGAAUUGAUUGAGGAUUUCCAACUGUCAAUGAAAAAUAAGAAGGAUGACGAUAGCUGCAGUUUUAUGGAAGUUUUUAAGCGACCAUUAACUAGAAAAGUGUUUAUCUGUAUGUGUUUAUUGUAUAUGUGCUGUGCUAUAGUGUUCGAUGCGCUCUUCAGAAGCAUAGGCUCGUUGAGUUUCGACUUUUUCCUAUCAUUUACUCUUGUUUCCUUUACCGAACUACCAUCCCUUAUAAUAGUGUCGUUUGUUUUAGAUCUAACUGGUCGAAAAUUAAUGUCAGUAGUAACGCUCUCAGUGUGCGCUGUUUUUUGUAUCGUAAUGAUUUUUAUAGGCGGUGGUGUGCCAUCAGUUCUUUGUGCAAUAGCAGCUAGGUUUGCUGUUAACAUGUCAAGUAAUGCAGCUAUGCAAUGGUGUGCGGAGAUCAUGCCAACAGGUGUGCGAGGAACAGCAGCGAGUGUGGUACAUAUAUGUGGGUAUUUAGCUACAGUUAUAUCUCCGUAUAUAGUAUACCUACAGAACUUCGUACCAUGGUUGCCCUUAGCAAUAAUAGGGGUGAUAGCAUUAGUAGGAGUGGUAUGUUCUUUACCCGUACCAGAAACGGCUGGUAGGGUUAUGCCACAGACUUUUGAGGAUGCAGAAAAUAUGAUUUUGAAUACUAAGUUGUUCGAUGUGCCAUUUUUAAAUAAAAAAGUGAACAGAUAAUUAUGUAACCUAAGUACUGUUUGAAUUAAAUUACGUUUAGUAUAAU